AUGAACAUGAACAUCUUCCGCAUCUUGGGCGACGUCUCCCAUACCGCCUCGAAAUGUAUUCUUAUCUGGGCCAUUCAUUCCAACAAGAGCGCUGAAGGCGUCUCUCUCCUGACCCAGAUCCUGUAUAUUGCUGUCUUCGUUACUCGCUACCUCGACCUCUUCUGGGUCCCGCCCUCGGCAUCAUGGUGGAAUUUCAUCCUCAAAAACUUUUAUAUCUGGUCCUCGAUCUAUAUUAUCAUCUUGAUGACUCGAGUCUUUGCGCGGACCCGUGAGCGAGAAAAGGCCUGGAAAUGGGGUGCAUAUGCCACUGCGGCAUCAAUGCUUGCCGCUCCCCUGGUCUGCUUGACUUUUAACGGACCGCGCCGAACGACAUUUGCCGAAGUCAUGUGGACAUUCUCCAUCAUCCUCGAAUCCGUCUGCGUCCUUCCACAGCUCCUUCUCCUGCGACAGACCACCGUGCCGACUGUCAUUGACUCUUUCUACCUCGUCACCCUGGGUUCCUACCGAGCAUUUUACCUUCUGAACUGGAUCUAUCGUGCUUUCACCCCGUCCAAACCGGACGCCAUUUCGGUCAUUUUUGGCAUCGUUCAAACAGCAUUUUACAUCGACUUCGCAUGGGUCUACUGGACGAGGCAAAGAGUCAAGCUGAGGGGAGGUGGCAUUGUGGAUGCGGAGGACCUGCGGAAAGGCUGGCUGGUCAACAGGGUCAUCAACCCUGCGCGGCAAGCACCAGAACAAGACCCGGAGGCUGGUGAUGAAGAGAGCAAUGGGCAGCCGCAGCAACCGAAUGUCAACCGCUGGGGCCCACGAGGUAUAUCUAUCUCGGCGGAUGAUACACUGCAAGACCAUGACAAAGGCAAAAGGGCGUCAAAGUCCUCGAUGCCCGAAGCCAACCCGAUGCUAGAGGAUGACGCUUUUGUGUCGGAUGAGGAGGAUGACGUUCCUCGGCUAGAUGAGCCUGGACAGAGGGUGUUGAACAGCGGCGAGGAUUGGCGGGAGAAUUCGUCUUCACGGCAAUGA